CUGAGGGUGGGUGCCUGGCGGGUGGGUGCCCUGUCCCUGGCGGGGAUCCGGGAGUCUCGGCUAGCAGGCAGGGCCUUGCUGAUGGGAGCUGGGUCCCGAGCACCCCAGGGGAGGGCCCGUGCUGGGGGCUGGGGUUCCAGGCCACGGGCGGACCUGCCUCGGCGGGAGACCCCGGCCCAGCCACGCCAGCCGCAGACAGCUGUUGAGGGGCCCCCAGCCCCGGCCCAGCCCGCUUCUCCCCUCCGCCAGGACCUGAAGCGGCACGGGGCCACCACCGUGGUGCGCGUGUGCGAGGUGACCUACGACAAGGCGCCCCUGGAGAAGGACGGCAUCACCGUGGUGGUGGGCCACCCUCCCGCCCCCAGGAAGCGGCGCGGCGCCAUCAACAGCAAGCAGCUCACCUACCUGGAAAAAUACCGGCCCAAGCAGAGACUGCGAUUCAAGGAGCCGCACACGCACAGGGCCAAGUGCUGCGUCAUGUAGCUCAGGCCCGCGGCGACUGGCCG